GAAUCCAAAGUGAGACUUGGUCCAAAGACUUGACUUAAGCGUAAGGCUUCACAAGUAUGUAAUACACACAUGUGUAGUGAAACCUACGUAUGUAAGCAAGUUUUGGGUAUCACUCAUCUCGAUUCUCCACCAUUCGAACUUGAAGUCAACUUCCCCAAAGGUUUGAGGUGUUCCAGGUCUACGGCAUUGAGACCUUCAUCGACCAACGACAAUCAACGAUUGCAACAGAUAUGAUUCCAGUUCCCAUGGACCAAAAUAUCUCUCCUCUCUCUCCCCCUGGUCAAGAUAGUAACUAUUUGGACUGGGCGUUUGUUGCGGAAACCCACUUUCGUUCGAUGAAUCGAGAUCAUGUUCUUAAAAAGAUUAAUCCAAAAGAUCGUGACGAGCUCUGGGAACACGACAAUACAGCUGUUUGCGCUACUCUUAGUCAAAUU